GAGGAUGAAACACGGGAUAUACCACGUGAGGUAGAAGAACGCGCUUUCCCUCAUGCACGAAUAUUCACCAGGUCCUACAUCCGUCGAUCGCGAAGUCGCUAUCGGGCGGUCCAUCGACGUCAGAUGGACGCCAUGCUUAGACGCACUGCCUGGUUUCUUGAUUCAGGCCCCAGUCCCACCUCGGCUACCGCCGCCAUCCACACCAGAGCCACCCCACAGCUGGUGGUCACAUUUGAACCCUCUACCACCGCUGCGCUCGCUUACCAAUCCUCCGGAUACACUCCCACUUCCACCCAGUCCCUAAUCGAUAUCGGGCGUCAGCUUCAACAUUCCGGCAGAGACCUAGAAACCCAACUAACUGUCGAGGGACAGAGCGGGGGCUUCUGCGUCAGUGCACUGCCCGGAAUCAGCAUGACGAGUAUUCGCAGUGCUCCCUCGUGUCAAGUCUCUCCUGCCAUCUCCACCAGAACUGACGCGGCCGAAGACGACGACGACGAUGAUGACGCGGAUGUGGUUCAUGCAGUGCGCUCUCAAACAGACAGUUGA